ACGGUCCCGUAAGCGCCGGGGAUUCGGGUUUUGCGCCGCUGAUGGAUACAGGAAGUCGCCACUCUGCCGCCGCCGCCUGGCCGCUCCCGCGCUCCGGCACCGUAAUACCUGUGAUUGUUUCGCCUCCAUCACGUGUGGGCGCUUCCGCCGCGCGGAGGAACGGCCGCGGCGACGGCGGCAGAGGGAGCGCGGGCGAGCGCCGCUCCUGCCCGUCGCCGGCCCUCUAAUUGGCGCCCAUAAGUCAUCCUCCGAAGUGGCCGUCCGUCCAGCGUGAUAAGAUUGGCUCUUCCAGCAGCUAAUGAUAUCCUCUCGCGCGCUCCUCCAAGUGCGAGCGGGAGCCAAUUGCGGCGCUCGGAGGCUGCCGCAAAAACUCGCCGCAGCCAAUGGCAUCCCAGCGCCAGGUUGCUUGUGCGGACGAUCCCGCCGCGGCCGCCAGUCGCUCUGCCUGCGCCGGACGCUGGAUGCCAGUGCGGAGAAGAGGCCUGGCUGGCACUGGCGACUGGCGAACGGGGAAAAUGGCGACAGAAAGCAUACGUACAAUGACACUCAAGCACGUCCGUAAAACGGAGGAGAGCAGCGGGCGUCGUCGAUGGCUGCGCGCGACGCUUCAGUCGCUCCCGCCGGCCAAUUACGAGGCCCGGCGGCAGCCACUGAUCGCUGGGCGUCGACCUCGCCUCAGAAACCUAAUCAUGGCUCGCGGGGACUUUCAGAGGCGAUUUAGACACGAUCAUGAUAACAGAGAUAAAGACAGGUCAAAGCUGACUUAUUUGCCAGCGCUGCCGGUUGCUCUCUGGGAAGCCUCCCCCC